CCAGCCCCACAUCCAUGAUUUGGAGAAGAUAGUUUAGUUGUAAAUAUUGGCAUUUUUGUAGGAUAUGGAAGGGGUGGGUCUUCAGUGCAUCACCUGAGUCCUGGGGUAAAUGGAAAGGACGUCAAUCAAAGGCUGGGCUCUCAGAGCUGGGAAGGAGCUCUAGAUGGCGGCUGAGCCUCGGAGAGGGGCGCGCAUUCACGCUCGCACGGCUUCGUCUGGCACUUUUUCAUCCCCCCCGCAACUUUGAACAACUUUUCAGGCUCCCCGGGCUGAACCCAGGCGAGAGUAGGGCUAGAUGCGGUGUAGUCGGCGUGAGAAUUAGCAGCGUUUUCCGGCGUUAGGUCGAUGCAUUUGGCGGAGGGGGAGCCGCACUGUGCCGUCUGUGCGAGUCGUUGUUUCCCCAGCCAGGCAGGGCGGCCAUGGCGCACCUCCAUUUUUAGUGCGCUCGCCUGGGCGCUCCUCCGGCUCCUCUUCCUUUCUUCUCAGCUACCGAUAUUUCAACGCAGAUUAAAAUUUUAAAAUCAAAUUAUUUCGAUAUUAGUCGUUUUAAAAGGAUUUUUGUUUCUUUUUUCCGGAAUCGCGAAAACGGGAUAAAUACUCCUUACGGGAGACUAGAAAGCGGCGCCGCAGUCUACCUGUCUGUACAUGGAAUAGUUAAUACCAGAACUUAAGAUCCCCAAACGCAAACGUUUUCAAGAUUAAACCAUGAUGAAGAGUAAGGACAAAAAGCAGGACGAUGACGGGUCGCCUCAGAGCAAUGCAUCAAGCAACUCUGCAUCAGAGGAAUCGAACCACUCGGCGUCGGAGUCCGGGAGUCAGUCGGACAGCGAGCGCGGAAGCGAGCGCGGAAGGUCCCGACGCUCCGAGUCCAACAGCACGUCCGAGUCCGAGAGCCGCUCCGAGUCUGAGAGCGAGUCAAAGCAAGCCUCAGCUGUGGUCAAGGACAAGCCCAUCCGAAAGAAGGAUAAGCUAGCAGAUGUUAAGAAGAUGUGGGAGGAACAUCCAGAUGUUUAUGGGGUCAGGAGGUCCAACCGGAGCAGACAUGAACCUGCUCGCCUUAAUAUCGGCGCUGAGGGCAGCAGCGAAUCUGAGAGUGAAGGUCCCAAAAGAAAAGUCUCCCGGCAGAAGAAGGCAGAAAAUACCUGGAAAGAUGAUGACUCAAAUGAAGAAGAGGAGGAUGAUGAUGAGGAAGAUGCCAGCAGUGCAGACAGUGAGCAGGAUGAGAAAAAAGUUAGAUCCAGACGACUGCCAGCGAGAAGGCCUCAGAGCAAAUCGGCUGGGGCCAAGAAGCAGGAGCUUCCAAGAAGCAAGAAAGCAAGGAAGCAAGAUUCAUCAGAGGACGAGGAUGAGGAUGACGACGAUGAAGAUGAGGACACACCCAAGAGACAGACGCGCCGUCGGGCAGCCGCCAAAGUCAGUUAUAAGGAGGACCUGAACGACUUUGAGACAGAUUCCGACGACCUGAUCGAGAUGGCUGGGGAGGCUGGCGACGAACAACAGGAUAAUGACAGUGAGACCAUCGAGAAGGUCAUGGACGUCAGGACUGGCCGUAAGGGAGCCAUGGGGGCUUCCACCACGCUAUACGCCGUGGAGGCCAAUGGCGACCCGUGUGCCGACUUCGACCCCGGGAAAGACGAGGGUGAGACGCAGUACCUGAUCAAGUGGAAGGGCUGGUCCUACAUUCACAACACGUGGGAGAGCAUGGACUCCCUCAUCCAGCAGAAGGUCAAGGGGCUCAAGAAGCUGGAGAACUUUAAGAAGAAGAAUGAGGAGCUCAGUUACUGGAUCUCGAAAGCCUCCCCAGAAGACCUGGAGUAUUACAACUGCCAACAAGAACUGACCACAGACCUCAAUAAACAGUUCCAGAUCGUGGAGCGAGUCAUAGCAACAAAGACCGGCAAAUCGCAGUGCUCCUCCGACUUUCCCUCACACAGCCAUAAAACUGCCAGCUCGUCCAACGAGCCUGAAUACCUCUGCAAGUGGAUGGGCCUGCCGUAUGCAGAGUGUAGCUGGGAGGAUGGUGCACUCAUAAGUAAGAAGUUCCAGCACUGCAUUGACAGCUUUAACAACCGCAAUUCCUGCAAGACCAUCCCCUCGAAGGACUGCAAGGUGUUGAAACAAAGGCCGCGGUUUGUGACGUUAAAGAAACAGCCGUCAUACAUUGGUGGUGAGAACCUGGAACUACGGGACUAUCAACUUGAUGGACUCAAUUGGCUGGCUCACUCCUGGUGCAGGUGCAACAGUGUGAUCCUGGCUGAUGAGAUGGGGCUGGGGAAGACUAUCCAGACCAUCUCGUUCCUGUCCUACUUGUUCCACCAGCACCAGCUGUAUGGGCCUUUCCUCUUGGUGGUGCCCCUGUCCACACUCACUUCCUGGCAGCGUGAGUUUAACACCUGGGCCCCGGACAUGAACGUGGUGGUCUACCUUGGUGACGUAAUGAGCAGGAAGACGAUCCGUGACUAUGAGUGGGUGCACCCACAGACAAAGAGGAUCAAGUUCAAUGCACUGUUGACAACAUACGAAAUCCUUCUGAAAGACAAGAGUGUCCUAGGUAACAUAAACUGGGCCUUCCUUGGGGUUGACGAGGCCCACAGGCUGAAGAAUGACGACUCGCUGCUCUACAAAACGCUGAUGGACUUCAGGUCCAACCACAGGCUGCUGAUCACAGGGACUCCACUGCAGAACUCACUGAAAGAGCUCUGGUCACUACUGCACUUCCUCAUGCCUGACAAGUUCGAGUCUUGGGAGGAUUUCGAGGAUGAACACGGCAAAGGGCGGGACAACGGCUACCAGAGCCUCCACAAAGUCCUGGAGCCUUUCCUCCUCCGGCGCGUCAAGAAGGAUGUGGAGAAGUCGCUCCCGGCCAAAGUGGAGCAGAUCCUGCGUGUGGACAUGAGCGCUCAGCAGAAGCAGUUCUACAAGUGGAUCCUGACCAGGAACUACCGGGCUCUGUCCAAGGGCACGAGGGGCAGCUCCUCGGGCUUCCUGAACAUCGUCAUGGAGCUGAAGAAGUGCUGCAACCACAGCUUCCUCAUCAAGCAGAGUGAGGACAGCGAUAGCGGCAGCCAGCAGGAGCAGAAGCAGAACCUGGUGCGUGGCAGCGGCAAACUGGUCCUCCUGGAUAAGCUGCUGACCCGGCUGCAUGACAGGGGCAACCGCGUGCUCAUAUUCUCCCAGAUGGUGCGGAUGCUAGACAUCCUGGCGGAAUACCUGACCUACAAGCGCUACCCCUUCCAGCGGUUGGACGGCUCAAUAAAAGGAGAGAUCAGAAAACAAGCUUUAGACCACUUCAAUGCUGAGGGAUCUGAGGACUUCUGCUUCCUGCUGUCCACGCGAGCCGGAGGCCUGGGCAUCAACCUGGCAUCGGCUGAUACUGUGGUCAUCUUCGACUCCGACUGGAAUCCCCAAAACGACCUGCAGGCGCAGGCCCGGGCGCACCGGAUAGGCCAGAAGAAGCAGGUGAAUAUUUAUCGUUUGGUCACAAAAGGGACAGUUGAGGAAGACAUCAUUGAAAGGGCCAAGAAGAAGAUGGUUUUGGACCAUCUGGUCAUUCAGAGGAUGGACACCACGGGACGAACUGUACUGGACAACAGCUCAGGAAACUCAAAUUCUAAUCCGUUUAACAAGGAAGAGUUGACUGCCAUUUUGAAGUUUGGUGCUGAAGAUCUUUUCAAAGAGCCAGAGGGAGAGGAGUCUGAACCACAGGAGAUGGACAUUGAUGAGAUCCUGCGGCUGGCAGAGACCAGGGAGAGCGAUCAGGGCUCCAGCGCCACAGACGAGCUGCUGUCCCAGUUCAAGGUGGCCAACUUCUCCACCAUGGAGGAGAGCAUGCCCGAGCUAGAGGAGAAGCCCAUGCGCGACUGGGACGACAUCAUCCCUGAGGAACAGCGGCGCAAGGUAGAGGAGGAGCAGAAGCAGAAGGAGAUGGAGGACAUCUACAUGCUUCCACGAAGUCGGAGCUCCAACAAGAAGGCCCAAGCCAACGACAGUGAUAGUGACGUUGGUUCCAAACUGAAGCACAGGUCCUCUGGGUCCGAGAGCGAGACCGACGACAGCGAGGAUGACAAGAAGCCGAAGAGGAGGGGCCGGCCCCGAGCUCGCAAGAACAAUGUGGAGGGAUUCACCGAUGCCGAGAUCCGCAGAUUCAUCAAAGGCUACAAGAAAUUUGGCUGCCCACUUGAAAGAUUGGAGGCCAUCGCACGAGAUGCAGAGCUGGUGGACAAGUCCAUUGCGGACCUUCGCAGGUUGGGAGAGCUGGUGCACAGCAACUGUCUGGUGGCCGUCCAGGAGCACGAAGAGCACCUGAAGGAGAACCCCAGUGAGGCCAAAGGUCCAGGGAAGCGAAGAGGGAUCAACAUCAAGAUCUCAGGGGUGCAGGUCAAUGCCAAGUCCAUCAUCCAACAUGAGGAAGAGUUUGAGGCCUUGCACAAGGCCGUGCCCUCGAACGCUCCAGAGAGGCACAAGUUCCAGCUCAGCUGUCGCGUGAAGGCACCCCACUUCGAUGUGGACUGGGACAUCAUGGAUGACACACAGCUGCUGCUUGGGGUCUAUGAGCACGGCUACGGCAACUGGGACCUGAUCAAAACCGACCCCGAGCUCAAGCUGUCCAGCAAGAUCCUUCCAGAUGACCCAGAUAAGAAGCCUCAAGCCAAGCAGCUGCAGACGAGAUCUGACUACCUCCUCAAAAUGCUCAAGAAAGAGCUAGAAAGCAAAGACAUCCCCAAGCAGGGGGAUGAGAGCCAGGUGAAGAAGAAGAAACCUCGCAAUAAGAAGGAGGCCAAGUCCUCCAAGGAUGAGCAGAGUAAUGAUGUGUCUUCCCCACGCCUUUCUGACCACCCCUCGGAGGAAGGGGAGGUGAAGGAUGAUGGAACAGAGAAGUCCCCCACAAAGAAGAAACAGAAAAAGAAGGACAACAAAGAGAAUAAAGAAAAACAGGGGACUCCGAAGAAAGAGAAGGAUGGAGAUAAGGACAAAAAGCACUCCAAACCAAAAAAAGAAAAGGGCAAGGCGGGCACCAAAGGGAAGCCACCCCAGGGUCCGGUGCACAUCACGGCGGGCAGUGAGCCGGUGCCCAUUGGCGAUGAGGAUGAUGAGCUCGACCAGGAGACAUUCAGCAUUUGCAAAGAGCGCAUGAGGCCUGUGAAGAAGGCCCUGAAGCAGCUGGACAAGCCCGACGAGGGCCUGUCGGUGCAGGAGCAGCUGCAGCACACCCGCAGUUGCCUGCUGAAGAUCGGGGACCGCAUCACAGAGUGCCUGAAGGCUUACAAUGAUGCUGAGCAUGCCAUGGCCUGGCGCAGGAACCUCUGGAUUUUCGUGUCGAAGUUCACAGAGUUCGGCGCGAAGAAACUGUACAAGCUGUACAAGAUGGCUCAGAAGAAGCGGUCACAGGAAGAGGAGAAGGAGCAGAAGAAGAAGGAGGACGCCUCUGUGAGGAAGAAGCCCUUCAGGCCGGAGCCUUCCAGCUCCAGUCGGGACUCCAUGGGCGCCCAGCCAUCCCCAAAGUCACAUGCGCCCUUGCCCCACCCCCCGCAGCCCCCCCCCCACGCUCACCACAGGGACCCGUACAUGCCGCCCAACAAGAGGCACUUCCCCAGUGACAAUCGGGGAGACUGGCAGCGAGACCGUAAGUACCCGUAUCCUAGCAACCAGUCGUGGCAGGCUGAUCGGCACCACGCCUAUGAGCCGCACCGAUACAAGGAUCAUCACUACGGUGACCGGCGGCUGCACGGGGAUGCCUACAGGAGCUCGGGCAACUACCGCAAGCGGCCCUACGAGCAGUACGGCAACGACCGUGACCACAGGGGCCACCGCGACUACUACGAUAGGCACUCGGACCCGAAGAGGCGGCGCGUGGACGACUUCCGUUCUCAGAACUACCACCAGGGCGGCAGCCACGUGCCGGACUACCGGAGGAUGCCCGAGCACCAUGGCCCGGUGACGCCGGAACACUACCGACCCUUUCACCCCGACAAGGCUGGGGACUACAUGCCCCCCCCGCUGCUGGACCCGCGCUCGCCACAGGCCCAGAAGUCCCCACUGGACACACGCUCACCCCAGGAAAGGACCGCGGAGCAGAAAAAUGUGGCAGAAUUCAGCUGGAAUGCCCGCAAGACAUGAGACGUGUGGCCUCAGGUGGAAAGUAGCGUGACUGAGUGCACGCAGGGUGCAGGAGCGGACACUAGGGGGCGACACAUGCUGCUAGGGGAGGCGAGUCCUGUUUCCGCCACCCUGUUCUCUGCCCGGUUGGACUUUGCAGGUGGAAAAAACAAAACAGACUCCUCGCCUGUUUACCAGCAACCACCUCACCUUUUCAUUUGUAUUUUUUACAGCGGGACAGAGGGCAAAGACAGAUGUGGGGCCGGGUUAAUAUUCUUGUGGGUAUCAAACAGUGUCAAAUAAACAGACUAAGGUGUGUUUAGUCCCACGGACUGAGGAGCCUGGGAAUAUGGAAGUGCCUCAGAAACUCGGCUUAUUUUUGAAAGAUACAGAAAGCAAGGGAAGUUUUCCCAAAGCCACUUUUUUUUAAGGUUUGUUUUGUUGUCGUUUCGGAAUAAUCUGAGGUCUGUCUAUAUGCUGAGGGCAGAGCAUGCCCUCGCUGCCCCCACCCCCAGGCUCAGCGCCAUGACCGGCUCUCUGCUAAGGACUCGGGCUGUCCGCCGCAGACGCCUGUGGCGGUUGACGACUCGGGCUGUCCGCCGCAGACGCCUGUGGCGUUCGGGAGACUCUGCAGGUGCCGUGCUUUUUAUUAUCAUCCCAGGGAUCAGGACGAGUUGCCGGGUGGUCUCGACCGCUCCUUAGACCAUCCUGGAGAGCUUUCACCGUGAAUCCUCUUGCCAACCCCAGAAUUCGUCAUACGAGCAUCAAAAAUCAAGCUGUAUGAACUUAAGCUGUUCUGUGAAUAGCCAACGCCAAGUCCAGAUGUUCUCUGCUAAAGCUGAAUUUUGUUUUCGCAAUAACCAGUAUUUAAGGUGAACACAGGCCUUGUAAAAAAUAUUUAAACACUAAAAAGACUUAAGCUGUCAUAAUGGCUGUCCCUGUCGGAAUGAUUGGGAGGCUGCUUUGAUGUGCUUUAUUUCUACGGUCAGUACAAAAGGUACCUGCAGCUGCUCUUGCACUAAAAGUACAGUAUUCUACAGUAAUAUUGGAUGUUCCUUUCUUUGUAAGUAUUUUGUAACAUCACAACUUAAACGGUGAAAGUGUUCCUGAAUCCUUUUUGAAUACAGGUGAAUUAUACCUUUAAAUAAACUGGGAAGAUCAUGUGUGCGC